UAUUACGCUCAAGAUAUUUGUGCAAUUUUUUCGGUUCUCUCGGGGGUGAUUGUCUCUCCCGCAAACUCGACCGAAACAUUGCACCGUAAACUUUCCUCCUUGGCUGUAUCCGUCAUCGACAAUGGAUACUCGAAGAGAGAUCGCGUCCGAGCUCCUUUGAUCAUCUCCAUCCUCCAUGGGCAGAUAUUACAAUACAACGUCUGGCAGCAGAACCACUAGGAACGAUCGAGGAAACUUAGGAUCAUGGAAUUCUACGACGUGGGAACCAGCGACCUUAGGGAGUUGUGGGAGUCUUACCUCUCCGAAUCGGCCCUGGGUCAGGACGUUUUAUUGGGGGCCAAGGAAGAAGAAUGGGGGAACGUGCUCUGCGUCCGGGACAAAUCCUCGUUGGGAGUGGUCUUGAGGGAUCGUUUGAUGACCGACGCCGCUCUCGGUGGUCCGAGACCGAUAAAAUCGGAGCACAGUUACAGCCUCCUGGCGUCCAGCCCUCCGCCGAGCCCAGCAACCCCCGGUGCCAACCCCCACACACCGAAUUCCGGGUCGUCCGCCGACACGGUCGCCGCAUCCCUCUCGAACACCAACUCCUCUAUAGACCCCAAUAAUCUGGAUCACCAUAAAUCGUUGGAUAUUCGUAGCAGAAUCGACGACAUGGAAGAGGAAUGUUUCCCGGUGAUCUCGAUGAGCACAACCUCGGGACGGGAUGAGCUGCCUUCGUCGUCGUCAUCGGCAAUGACAGCGUCAUCUACCUCAACUAUUAUCCUAAAGAGAACCAACAAUCUAGUACCUGAAGACGCGGAAUGCGCCGAGAUCAAAGGGGAACCGCUAAGCGCACCUAGUAGUCCCUCGGAGUCCUGUCACACGACGAUGGUCGACGACAAGAGCACGAUAACCAUGGUGUUCCCUCAGACUCUUCAUUUCUCUAAGAACCACCUGUCUCAAACCAGCGACAGUGAGGAGGACGACGAGGAAUACUAUCAGAGCAUGGAGGUAGACGACUACAACGGUGAGGUUUGCGACGGCAAAGAAACGAAUUCACGAGGAUCGAGACAGGGCCUGCCGCCAACACCGCCCAGCAGCGCGAGCUCCGACAGCGAGGGUACCGCUUCCGCUUCCUGCUCGCCGGAACGCCGAGAUUCCCAGAGCUCCACGCACGCACAGAAUCUCAGGGGAUUGCUGACGCCCAGGCUGUACGUGACGAACAGCACGCACACCACCAGACAGCCGAUCCACACACCGUUGAUUUCCUGUCAGCCGAAAGGAUCGACCGGUGUUCUCACGCUGACCGAGGAGGAGAAGAGGACGUUAAUAGCCGAAGGAUAUCCUGUUCCGACGAAGCUGCCGUUGACCAAGCAGGAGGAGAAGUCGCUCAAGAAGGUUCGGAGAAAAAUUAAAAAUAAGAUAUCCGCCCAGGAGUCUAGGCGAAAGAAAAAAGAGUACAUGGACGGUCUCGAGCGACGAGUGACUCUGUUGACGAACGAGAAUUCCUCGUACAGAAAUCGAUUAACCGCAUUGGAGGACACGAAUCGCGAGUUGUUGAAGGAGCUGCAACGUCUGCAGGCUCUGCUCCAGCUUCAGAACUCCUAGAGAUCCUGUUCGAUCGAACGGUUUGUCAGACGAGCUCGAUAAUAUCGGGGAUCGUCGUCGUUUCGGGAGGACAAUUUGUGACUCGACGUUACUGAGGUUCCGUAACUGUUUUUUUUUUAUUUAAGACUGGAGACGUAAGUUCUAUAGUGUUCCUGAUCGAACGUCGAAUUAAGGACCCUACCCCUUCUUGAUUUCUCGCUAGAGAAUGAAAGCGGUCGAUUCUACGUCGGGCCCCGAGGUUCGUUUAGCUUCUAAGUCAGAGACGAGAGGUUUUUGUGGAGCUCGUGCAAUUCCCUUUACAUUCCUGUGAAGUCUUCCUUGCGUAGAGGCCGGGUCCAGUAUUUCAGAUCGCCGUUCAACGACCAAUAUUAACCUAAGAUUAGCUACCGACUCCGAGGAACUCGUGUAUUGUCUUCCCGGUUCCAUCGCGGAGGGAAUCGAAGAGGUUCGGUAUAAACUAUAACCGGGAGUGCCUUUCUUUUUCGCGCUGGUUCCGAUGUUCUUCUUCCCUUCGGCCGACCAGAGACACAUACUUACGGUCUAAGUCGUGGAAUUUA